AUGAUUCGAUCCGCAGAGACAUGUCAGUGCCCGAUCCGGGAGAUAGGGCCGUCAGUGGCGGAAUCGUGCUCGGGCCAUUCGGUGCUGCUCUUCAUGACGAUAUUGGAGGCCUUCAUAAACGGCCGCUGCGACCUGGCCGACCCUUGCAACCGAAUCAUCGGCAAAGACGAACCGGACGAGAGUUACGACUUUGUGGUCGUCGGUGGAGGGACUGCAGGCUCUGUAGUCGCCGGUAGGCUCUCAGAAAACCCGCAAUGGAAGGUAUUGCUUCUGGAAGCCGGUGGUGACGAACCGAUAGCGUCGUCGGUACCCGCGUGGGUGACGUCAUACUGGUGGCGGAACGAUACAGACUGGCUUUAUCACACCGAACCACAAGAGAAGGCGUGCCUCGCCGAUGGCGGGAAAUGCUACUGGCCUCGAGGGAAACUACUCGGUGGGUGUUCGACAAUCAAUGGAAUGAUGUACAUGAGGGGGCAUGCGGCCGACUACGACGGCUGGGCGGUGAACGGCGCCAGCGGCUGGUCUUGGCACGAGGUGUUCCCUUACUUCCUGAAGAGCGAAGACAACAAGGAGCUGGGGCGGGGCGUGUCCGGGGAAUACCACAAUACGGGCGGGCCUAUGCCCGUGCAGAGGUUCCGAUACGCGCCUCAGUUCGCUCAUGACGUGGUGUCGGCGUCCAUCGAGCUUGGUUUUCCACCCACUAAUGACCUGAACGGCGAGAGUUCCACGGGUUUCACGAUAGCGCAGACAUUUAAUGACGGCGGAUCAAGAUACAGUACGGCGCGCGGUUUUCUCAGACCCGGUGCUAAACGGGAAAAUUUGCAUGUAGUUUUUAAUGCACACGCUUCUCGAGUUAUAGUGGAUCCGCAGACGAAGAAAGUGACAGGCGUGGAGUACAUAAAGAAUGGCCAGACAAAGUCCGUACUAGUGAACAAGGAGGCAAUCCUCUCCGCCGGAUCAUUAAACUCGCCGCAACUCCUUCUCCUCUCCGGAAUAGGGCCCAAAGAGACCCUGGACCAAUUCAAAAUACCAGUCGUUCACGAGCUCCUAGGCGUGGGGCAAAACCUCCAGAAUCACGUCGGUGUCCAACUCGAUUUUACGUUGACAAAGGAGCCCGAUUUACCAGUUCUGGACUGGGCAUCCGCCAUGGACUACAUGCUGAAUAGGGAGGGACCCCUUUCCUCGACGGGUCUGUCUCAGCUAACCGGAAUGAUCAACUCUAAGUACGCGCCGGCGGGCGGCAGGCAGCCGGACGUCCAGUACUUCUUCGGCGGCUAUUACGCGUCUUGCGGCGAUGGAACCUCCUUCGAUCCCGCGCAAUACGACAAGACCGACCGAAGGACUGUUAUGAUCGCAGCGAUUGCUCUUCAGCCGCGCAGCAGAGGCUAUGUAACUCUACGCUCGACGAAUCCCGCCGACCCGCCAGUUAUGCAGCCCAAUUACUUCUACGACGAGCACGAAAUGAAUGUCUUAGUAGAGGCGUCCAGGGUCGCGUACAGACUGGCGAACACCACGAUUUUAAGGGAGAAGUAUGGGAUGACACCAACCCCCGGCUACGGAGACAGCUGCCCUGGUGGUGGGGACAACCCGACGGACGAGUACUUCAGGUGCCUGGCGCGGUUGCACACGGCACCCGAGAACCACCAGGUGGGCACCUGCAAAAUGGGCCCCAGCACCGAUCCCAUGGCCGUAGUGGACCCCCAACUGAGGGUGCAUGGAGUGCAAGGUCUCAGAGUUGUCGACGCCUCUAUCAUGCCCAUCAUACCGACUGGUAACACAGCGGCCCCCACAGUCAUGAUAGCAGAACGUGGUGCCGAAUUCAUAAGGAGCAGACACCAGCAAUACAAGAACCGUCCUGGUAAUGGGUUAGAAAACAAAUUUGGCGACAGUACUUCUCAAAAUAGCGGCAAUUUUAACAAUGGCGGGUGGAAUUAUGGCGGUGGCUCCAGUUCGCAUAUAAAUGACGCCAACAAUGGACACAGAUGGGAAAAUUGGAAGCCGUGGGACAAGAGUUGGACCUGGGAGGACAAAAAGCGCAACGAAAAUAGCCCGAAAUGGACCGCG